AUGUUUGCUUUUAAUUUUGGGAGUGCUGCCGCUACCGAGCCAAGCUCGGGGGCACCGUCGACUGGAGCAGGCUCGGGCUCGACUGCAGCAGAGACAGCUGCUCCCAGCAGUGUCGACGGGGUCCCGGCUGCGAAACGGGCUGCACCAGCUCCUUGCCAGCGCCACACGCCCACUGCGCUGACAGAUGAUCAAGAGGACUUUGUGAGCCCGCUUGAGCUUGGAGAAGCGACAAUUCAGCUCUUGGCGCAAACCAAGGCUGAGUAUGAGACAGUCGCGAGCGGUGCCACGGGGACGCAUCUCAAGACGGCACUGAGCGAGAACACAGACGUGGUGCAAGACGAGUAUGAGGGUGGGCUCAAACUGUGGGAGUGCAGCCUCGACCUGGCACGCUGCGUUUGCCAGCAAUAUCCCACCGGCUGCGAGGGCCUCCAUGUGCUUGAGGCUGAGCUGAGGAAGAUUGCCCCGCAAGGCUUUGAUUUGAUUGUGUCAGCGGAAACGGCGUAUUCGCUCGCCAGCAUCGACGGCCUCGUUGAGCUGAUCCAGGCCGUGCUUGCACCAACCGGGGUGGUGUUGGCCGCUAAUAAGAACUACUACUUUGGUGUCGGUGGGGGCGUGCGCGCUCUGUGCUCCAAAGCAGAGACAAGCGGCUUUCAGGUGGAGACGGUAUGGGCGUCCACGACGGGCGUGAAGCGGUCUAUUGUUAAGAUGCAGCGGCACAGCACAGCAGCGGCAACGGAGCAAGCAGCUGACGCCGCUAUGCGCUCGGCCGCGGGCGUAAAAUAAAGCAAUGACCGGUGCCAAAGUGAAAGUGCUCGACGUGCUCGAUCUGGCACCAUUGAUGGUGCUCAGCGGCGUUGAUGAGGCCAGCAAUGUUGCGAUUCCACCAGCAGCCCCAGUCCAAAGCAUGAUUGGCGGCCCGCCAGUCGAGGUAGGCAUUGAUGGGGGCACACCAUCCACUCCGCCCAUGCUCCAGCAACAAAACCUAGCCAGACAAAGCACGCGUACAGCAGCGGCAACAACAUUGGCAAGUGGUUGCAGAUGAGAGCGCGGCAAAUGUCGUUUAAUUGAUCAUGGGAGUG